CACGGACCAAGUAUCCAUGACGUGAUGCACCAACUCCGCCUUUCCCUGGCCGAUCGAAUGUUCGAAGGGUUUAUUACCGUUGUCAAUCCACAAAGAAAGAGGCCAUCUACUUAUCAUCUUGCUAUCCAGUUCUUAUUACCUGUCUUAAUCUAAUAUCGAACAAGUUCCGAUGCCAGAACUGCCUGAUGGAUCAUUGAUGCGUUGAUUUGGCCUUAUCGAUCUUGGCUAUCUUAUCUACACCCGCUCUUCGAUCCAUCUGCGAGCUAGACGGGAGCUAUCUGAUACUUAUUGUGCUGAUGAGGGAAGAAGAAUCGACCUGUCGGAGAUAUAUGAGAUAAGUGCGCACAAUGGACGACGACGACAAUAGGGUGUUGGAAAUCCGCAUCGUGCGGCUGCCAAGUUGGGAUUCCUUCCAAGUAUAUUAUGAAUACGAGUCCUCUGGUCCCGAGCCCAGCGAUGAGGACUUGAAAUCAACAGCCCUGCUGGGCCCAGCUCUCCCGGCCCUGGGACACGCUCUGGCUGGCGCUGCUGGAGCGGCCGUCUCGAACCUCGCAACAUACCCUCUAAAUCUGAUCGUGGCGAGGAUGCAAGCGCAGAGACUUGCGUUGAAAAAGAAAGAAAAACAAGCUGAAGGGAGCGAGGGUGGGGAGAAAAAGGAUGAGAGAUAUACCAGCAUCCUGGAUGCAGCGCGCAAAAUCUACGCCAAAGAGGGAAUCCGUGGGUUUUAUACGGGAGUGGGACAGGAUACUGGAAAGACCGUCGCGGAUAUGUUUUUAUUCUUCCUUGCGUAUACCUUUUUGCGGCAGCGCAGGAUGAAUUCCAGGGCGACGCCAGGGAACUCGAGGAAGCCGGCCGUCCUUCCUAUCGUGGAUGAGUUGACGGUUGGUAUUCUGGCGGGUGGGUUUUCGAAGUUGCUCACGACCCCGCUCAGCAAUAUUGUUACGAGGAAGCAGACUGCAGCGGUGCUGGACGAGUCUGGGUCUGCGUCUACGAAGGACAUUGUCGCUAAGAUUCGUGCCGAGAAGGGCUUGAAGGGCUUCUGGGCAGGGUAUCCUGCUUCGUUGAUCCUGACUCUUAACCCGUCUAUUACGCUGUUUCUCAAUGAGAUCCUAAAGUAUCUGCUGCUGCCGCGGUCAAAGAGGAAUAAUCCCCCUCCAGCGGUGGUGUUCUUGCUUGCCGCCAUCAGCAAGGUGAUUGCAUCGAUGAUCACCUAUCCCAUCUCCCUGGCCAAGACGAGGGACCAGGUCAGCGGCGCGAAUGCAGAGGACGGCCCGUCGAAGUCAUACCGCUUCGUGCCCAGGGUUCUCACCACUGUCAGCGCCAUUGCUCGCACAGAGGGACCCGGAGCGCUCUACGACGGCCUCUCGGGAGAAGUUCUAAAAGGAUUCUUCUCCCACGGCAUUACCAUGCUGACCAAAGACGCUGUGCACUCGCUAAUUGUCAAGACCUACUAUGCCCUCCUCGUCCUUCUGCGCCGUUACCCCAGCCCAGACGAACUGCUCGAGCGCGCUCGCGACCGAACUGAAGACCUGUACGAGACAGCCCGCGCGCGUGGCAAAAAUAUCGCAGGCAAGGUGAAGGAUAGCGCCGAGAAUGUCAUCGACACAGGAAACAAGGUCGCCGGCAACGUCUCUGUCGAUAUGACCAGCAAUGGAACGCCGGAUCCCGACUCAGAAGAGACGGCGGAACUAGUGCAUGACUACGUCGAGGACGAAGCGAAGAACUGGCGCAGUCUGUAUCAUUGGUUCUGGGGCAAGAAGUGAACAGGAUUCGGUUCAGUUUGGAUUAGCGCGCUUUUUUUUCUUAGGAUAUACGUGUAUGUGUAUGUGUAUGUGUAUGUGUGAUAACGAGGAAUUUGCCGCUGUUUUUUUGAUUCAUGGAAAAGCUGUUUUAGCCUCGUCGGUUAGCAUCGAGUUCUAGUCAUGUCAAAUUUAUAUUGGAAUUAUCUAUAUGGUGUAUUUAUUACAUGAGUACUAACUAGUUAGUCUUGUGACAAAUUCUGUUU